GGCAACUUGGAGACCCGCCUGGCCUCCGGGGGCCCCUCCGGGGAGGCCUUUUUUUCGAUUUCAUUUGUUAAAAUCUGAACUUUGGGAAAGGGGGGGUCAUUUUGGAUCCCUGUUGCCGCCCCCCCCCCAAUUUCCCACUGCUGUGCUAAGCAGGGCCCCCUCUCCUUUUGACCCCCGCUUUUUUUAAUGAUUAGCCCUAUCCAGCCUCAGAUGACCUCGAUUUAACUUUAACUCUUCGCCCCCCCUUUUUCUCCCCCCCCCACCUUUCUCCCCCUAGCUGGGGCCCCUCUGCUGGCUACUGACUCAACCAUUAACUCCGCCACUUUGGGUGUCCCCCCCCCCCCCCGCCUCUUCCCCUCUCUGGGCCGGAUUUUCUCUCCUGCUUCGCUUUUGCGACAUUGGGGGACGAAGGCGAAUAUUCACAUUGCAAACCCCCCCCCCCGCAUCCAUUUUUCUCCAUCGUCGUUGAAGAAGGGGGGGAGAUAAAAAGAGCGCCCCCCGGGGCCCCCCCAUCUUCGCCCCCCACCCCCGGCGGCGCUCACGGCGCUAUGGCCAUGGUGACCGGCGGGUGGGGAGACCCGAACGGAGAGGCCAACGGGGUGGAGAAGGGGGGGUACCCCCGGACUUCCGAGGAGGACUCGGCCUCCCCCCAGGGCGGCACCAGCGACCAGGAGCCCGCCGACGAGGACAAGCCCGGCAUCCAGGUGGACUGCGUGGUGUGCGGCGACAAGUCGAGCGGCAAGCACUAUGGGGUCUUCACCUGCGAGGGAUGCAAGAGCUUCUUCAAGCGCAGCAUCCGGAGGAACCUGAGUUAUACCUGCAGGUCGAACCGGGACUGCCAAAUUGACCAGCACCACCGUAACCAAUGCCAAUACUGCCGCUUGAAGAAGUGCUUUCGUGUCGGGAUGAGGAAAGAAGACUCCGUCCCGUUUUCCCAUGUAGACGACAGGAAGGCCCUAUUGGCAGCUGUCCAACGGGGUCGGAUCCCUCCCACCCACUCGAGCGCCAGCCCCAACGCCACUCCCGGCGGGGAGUACUACAACGGGCAGCCCGUCUCGGAACUGAUCUCCCAGCUGCUACGGGCCGAGCCGUACCCCACGGCCCGCUUCAGCUCGCAGUACGCCCAGCAAGGCAGCGUGAUGGGCAUUGAUAACAUCUGCGAAUUGGCAGCCCGCCUGCUCUUCAGCACGGUGGAAUGGGCCCGCAACAUCCCCUUCUUCCCGGACCUGCCCGUCUCGGACCAGGUGGCCUUGCUGCGCCUCAGCUGGAGCGAACUCUUCGUCCUCAACGCCGCACAGUCGGCUCUCCCUCUCCACAUGGCUCCGCUGCUGGCCGCCGCCGGCUUCCACGCCGCCCCCAUGUCCGCUGACCGGGUGGUCUCCUUCAUGGACCAGAUCCGCAUCUUCCAGGACCAGGUGGAGAAGCUCAACCGGCUGCAGGUGGACUCGGCUGAAUACAGCUGUCUCAAAGCCAUCGCGCUCUUCACGCCAGACGCCUGUGGCCUCUCGGACCCGGCCCACGUGGAGAGCCUGCAGGAGAAGGCGCAGGUGGCGCUGACGGAGUACGUCCGCUCCCAGUACCCCUCCCAGCCCCAACGCUUCGGCAGACUCUUGCUGCGGCUGCCCGCCCUCCGGGCCGUCCCGGCAUCCCUCAUCUCUCAGCUCUUCUUCAUGAGACUGGUGGGCAAGACGCCCAUUGAGACGCUCAUCAGGGACAUGCUACUCUCCGGGAGCACCUUCAACUGGCCGUACGGGACGGGGCAGUGAGGAAGGGCCCCAGGGCGCGUCCCCGGACUCUGGGCUCCCUCCGCCCCACGGCCACUUUUGGCGGCCGCUGUACCGACAGCCCGGAUGUUGUCCUCCCCGGAUCGAGGUGUUGAACUUUGUGCAAUUUUGGAUCCCGCACCACCCGCCCUUGGGGAAGGCGGGGCAGGGGACUGGAGAGGAUCCCCCCCUUCUGGGUCUACAAGGGAAGUCCCAUCCCGUCCCCCACAGUCCCGAAAGACAGACCAGAGGCGGGAUGGAUUCAUGUUACGUUUCGUUUUCUUCCGGUUUAUAUUCCUGUCUCCGCACCAUGUUUCGAACAGACGUCGGAUGCCCCUGGCGGUUUGUAAGAGGGCUUUUCUCCCCCCCCCCCCCCACCCACACCGCCCACGUUUCCUCCUAUGGAUUCGCAUUCGCACCUUGCAUGUUAUGAAGAGCUGUCUCCUGGCUACCCAAAGAUAAACCGCGCCGUGGAAACCUUUUCA